AGUUUCCUCAUCAAAUCCUGAAAAUUAAAAAGCAAGCCACUUAAUUCAGAAGUCAACACCCUCUCUCUUUUCCUGUCGUCCCCCACAGCCGUCACCGUCGCCCGAAGAUGAACGCCGCCAUCUCAACCUUACAAUUCUGGCUGGUGAACCACCCAGCCAUCCUCCACUUCUCAUGGAGCGACGGCCAAACCCCAGGCUCCACCCCACUCUUCCUCACCCUCACCGUUGUCUCCUACCUUUCUCUCACCUUCCUAUUCUCCCGCCACCUCAUCCCGCUCCCCUCCCUCGGCCCCCGCCUCCUCAAACCCAUCUCCGCAGUCCACAACCUCACCCUCCUCCUCCUCUCCCUCGUCAUGGCCGUCGGUUGCUCCCUCUCCAUCCUCACCCACACUCCUCACCUCCACUGGAUCGUUUGCUUCCCACCGCAUACCCCUCCCACUGGGCCCCUCUUUUUCUGGGCCUACAUCUUCUACCUCUCCAAGAUCCUUGAAUUCGUGGACACCCUUCUGAUCAUUCUCAGUAAUUCCACUCGGAGGCUGACCUUCCUCCACGUGUACCACCACGCAACGGUGGUGAUCAUGUGCUACCUUUGGCUGCACAGUCGGCAGUCCCUGUUCCCGGUGGGGCUGGUGACGAAUGCGGCGGUGCACGUGAUAAUGUACGCCUACUACUUGUUGUGCGCAAUGGGGGUCCGGCCCAAGUGGAAAAGGCUGGUGACGGAUGUGCAGAUUGUGCAAUUCGCGUUCAGCUUUGCGGUGUCGGGUCGGAUGCUGUACUACCACUUCAUCGGAUCCGGGUGCUCCGGGAUAGGGGGUUGGUGCUUCAAUGCUGUUUUCAAUGCCUCUCUUUUGGCUCUUUUUGUGGACUUUCAUGCCAAGAGUUACGCCAAUAGGAAGGAGAUGGCUCGCAAGGAUAAAGGUUCAUGAUUCAUCAUUGUUUUUUCUUCCAUUUUCCUCCUAUUCUUUUUAUUUUUAUUAUUAUUAAAACAAUUUCACAAAUGUCUUUUUGGGAAGUGUUUUUUUUUUUUUUUGUUAAACUCUAAAAACUAAUAAUUGUUUGUUCGCGUGCCGGAAUUUUGACAUUCAUUUGAAGUUAUGAAAAAAUUACCAUCUCCGACAUUUUUAUUA